ACCUUCCUCUCCUCCAGCAGCUGCUCUGCUCCUGCCACCUUCUCCCAGUGACUACAGUGCCCUCCACAUGUUGUCCUCUGCUCUGCACCCUUCCCUUCUGCAUCUCCUGCUGAACACUUCAGCCACGCUGCCACCCUCUCCCACUCCACAGUUUCCACUGCCCUCCUCCCCUGCACAUCUCACUCCUGCCCACUGAAUCGUUCCCACUGCAGGGAGCUGCUGAGGAGCCACAUGGUCCAUCCCUGGAUUCUCCAAGCCCUGACUGCCCAUCCCCUCUGACCACCGCCACGGCCACAUCCCACUGCCUGCCCAGCAUCCAUCCACGGACGUGAGCACCAUGUUCCCAUCUCCUGCCUCACCCACUGAAGGAGACGAUCUGUGUGAGACAGAUGUCACCAGCAUGUCCAUACACAGUGUGACACUGCUCAUCUGCCUCUGUGGGCUGGCUGGGAACGGGGCUGUGCUCUGGCUCCUUGGCUCCUGCUGUUUGUACAGGAACAGCACCAUCCUUUACAUCCACAUCCGGACUUUUUUUGACUUCCUCUUCCUCCUCCUUCUGUUGCCCUCCACUCUGCUCUUCCUGCUGGAGAAUGUGUCCUGCUCUAUCAUCAUGCCCUUGGGGUAUGUGGGAUUCCUUUUCAGGGCGUCACUGCUGUCAUACAGCUUUUGGCUGUACACGCUGACAUUCAUCAGCAUCAAGCGGUGCAGGUCCAUCCACUGCCCGCUCUGGCUCUGCUGCCACCGUCCCCAGCAGCUGUUGAAGGAGAUGCAUGCCCUGCUCGGGGCCUUCUUCAACACUCUUGUCAUUGCCACAAUAAUUUCUCUGUGCAUGACCCAGCUAUCUGAGCACUGCUGGGUGUCUCUCAUCUCCAUAUGCCCCUUCAACCUCCGCCUCUGUGCUCCCUUCAUGCUCAUUUCCAGGACAAUCCUCUUCACUCAUUUCAAGCCUGGCUCCCGUCAGCAGCAACCCAAGAGACUCGACAUUGUUAUCUGCCUCAUUGUGCUCUUCACUCUGCCCUGCAGCCUCUGGAACAUACUGCAGCAGCUCAGUUACACCAUUGUGCCCUCCCUGGUGGCUUUCUUGCUCGCCUGCAUCCACAGCAAUAUCAACGCCAUCAUCUACUUCUUGGUGGGGAGAUGCAGGAGACCCUACUCUGUGGAGCCCCUCUGGCACUCCCUCCAGAGGGUCUUUGAGGAGCCAGAAAGAAACACUGCCCACAGCUGCUAUCUUAGAUAGCAUGAGUUCUAAUGUCAUUAUAGUGUAAGGAUUUGAUAUUGACAGAGCUUCUUACCUCUGUGAUGUUUCUCACAAGCAGCUCCUUUAAGCAUUGCCUGUUCCUGGUCCUUGCAACAGUAACCCAACACAUCUGGCUCCAGAUCCCACCAACCCACUCUUUUAUACCUCUUGUUCUUAUUGGCUGCAGGUGUGGCCUGUUAAGAUCAGGCCUGCUUCUAAUCUUUAGUAAUUGGUCUAGCCCCAACUCAUUGGGGGAUAAGAUUACCUUCUAUACCACCUCAAUUUACCCAUACUGUAUCCCCCUACACACAGCCAUGAUCCCACCAUGGACAGAGAAGCCUGAGGCUGUUGGUCUCUUCCACUGCACUGCUGAGGAACCCUGGAACAGUGGCUGAGAGAUUCCUUGAGUGUCCUGAUCAAUAAAUCCCCACAGGGUCACCCUCCCUGUGCUGGUGCAUCCCCAGCCCCUUUCCAGCCCGCUCUGGGCUCUGAUCCGUGCUUGGGAGGCCUCAGCCUUGAGGAGCAGCCCCUGGGCUCAGCUCCUGUGGCGCUGAUCAGAAACACCCUCUGCUCCCAGGAGCUGCUGCUGUCCAACCACCUCCUGGGGUUUUAUCCACAGCCUUGGAAAUUACUGUGCUCCCCUGAAUGCCACAGCAUCCCUGCUCUCCCACUGUCACAGGAGCUGCCGGCCCCAAGUGUGGCCAGGGUGAAACAUGGCUGAGAGUGACGCCCAUCCCUUGGGGCCCUGGGAGCAGCGGCCCAAAAGGAGACCCUUGGAGCUCUCCUGGCCCAGCAGCGCUGAGCAGAAGCUCCCUGGCACUGGGGCCUCUCCGGGCUGGGAUCUCUCCGUCUGCUGCCCUCGGCUGAUCCCCGAACGCCGACGGCUCCUGGGCCCAUCCCCCCAGGGCUCGAGGCCCAGCCCCUGGCACAGGGAGGAGAUGCCAAGGGAUCCACAGGGAGCAUUGCACUGCCUGCCAGGGGAAUUUCUCACAGGCACCUUGCACUGACUCUGUCUGUCUGUCUGUGUGCACACACGUCUGCAUCUGCCAUGGCAAAUGUGGCAGAGAUGCUCAGGUGUGUUAGUACCUGAGACAUCUGAC